GGGCUUCAAAGCAAACGUCAACAAGUCAUCGCCGAAUGUACUAAAAUGGUACUAAAACCAAACUCUGUACACGUAUUCUGGGAUGUCAUGAAGUGUAAAGAAAAUUUGGGAAAAUAAUUUGUGAAAUUUGCUGAAAAUUUGCCGUUUUUUGAAGGAACGUUUGCGAGCAUCGAAUAACUCAAAAUGUCGUUAUCAGAAGCGUCUUGCUAUACCAUCAUCAAUGCACAGGAAACCGAGCCAUACAAUGAGAUGCAGCUGAAGCUGGAUCUGGAAAAAGGCGAGUUGAAUGUGAAAAUAGACACGCUGAAACGAGUGAUCCAACUUCUGCUGAAUGGGGAACGCCUACCGAGCUUGUUGAUGACCAUCAUCCGGUUCGUGCUGCCGCUGCAGAAUCAUACGAUCAAGAAGCUGUUGUUGAUCUAUUGGGAAAUCGUUCCGAAGACUUCUCCCGAUGGCAAACUGCUGCAGGAGAUGAUUCUGGUGUGCGACGCCUACCGGAAGGAUCUCCAGCAUCCGAACGAGUUUCUUCGGGGAUCAACCUUGCGAUUUUUGUGCAAACUGAAAGAGCCGGAACUUUUGGAACCACUGAUGCCAGCUAUCCGAGCUUGCUUGGAACACCGUCAUUCGUAUGUUAGGAGAAAUGCCGUACUCGCUAUAUUCACCAUCUACAAGAACUUCGAAUGGCUGGUUCCGGACGGACCGGAAUUGAUUGCCAACUUCUUGGACACCCAGCAGGACAUGUCUUGCAAGCGAAAUGCCUUUCUCAUGUUGCUCCAUGCCGACCAGGAGAGAGCUUUGAACUAUUUGGCAUCGUGCCUGGAUCAGGUCAACAAUUUCGGGGACAUUUUGCAGUUGGUCAUUGUGGAGUUGAUCUACAAGGUGUGUCAUGCCAAUCCUGCCGAGAGGUCCCGUUUCAUUCGAUGCAUUUAUAAUUUGUUGAACUCAUCUUCGAAUGCAGUUCGUUAUGAAGCAGCUGGAACGCUGGUUACACUUUCGACGGCACCGACGGCCAUCAAGGCCGCCGUCAGUUGUUACAUCGAACUGAUUAUCAAGGAGAGCGAUAACAAUGUGAAACUGAUCGUACUUGAUCGUUUGAUUGCCCUGAAGGAGAACGAAAACAUGGAAAGGGUCAUGCAAGAGCUGGUAAUGGACAUUUUGCGCGUUUUGUCCGCUACGGAUAUUGAAGUCCGUCGGAAAACGCUGACACUUGCCAUGGAACUGGUUUCCUCGAGAAACAUAGAAGAAAUGGUGUUGGUUCUGAAGAAGGAAGUUUCAAAGACCCACAACAUUGAGCAUGAAGACACGGGAAAAUAUCGCCAGUUGCUGGUUAGAACCCUUCACAGCUGUUGCAUCAAGUUCCCCGAUGUCGCCGCAACGGUAAUACCCGUACUGGUCGAAUUCCUCUCGGACUCUAACGAGCUAGCCGCAGCCGAUGUUCUCAUUUUCGUUCGGGAAGCCAUUCAAAAGUUCCCGCACCUUCAGGAACUGGUCAUCGAAAAGCUCCUAGAAGCUUUCCCGGCUAUCAAGUCGUCGAAAAUUCAACGGGCGGCCCUCUGGAUUCUGGGAGAGUAUGCCACCUCGGUGAAGGACAUCAUGGACGUGAUUGCCAUCGUUAACCAAACGCUCGGAGAGGUACCGAUCGUCGAAGCAGAGCAGAGACGGCUGGCCGGCGAUGAGAAUGAAAACGAUGAAAACAAGGCACCGAACGCAGGGGCCGUGCCGAACAACAAGGUCACCUCGGAUGGAACCUACGCGACGCAGAGUGCUUUCAGUGUGGCUCCUGUAUCCAAAAAGGUGGAACGUCCGCCUCUACGCCAAUACUUGAUGGAUGGGGAUUUCUUCAUCGGUGCUACGCUGGCAUCCACGUUGACUAAGUUGGUGCUGCGAUUUAUCGAUUUGGAACCGAAUGAGAAAAAGCAGAACCGUCUCUGCACAAGCGCCAUGCUAAUUAUGAGCUCGAUCCUUCACCUGGGGAAAUCCGGUUUGCCAACGAAGGCCAUCACCAACGAUGACAUGGAUAGGAUUUUCCUCUGCUUGAAGACACUUAGCCAGCGUACGCCCGAGGUGGUGCACAUUUUUAAACAAUCCUGCCGCGAUGCUCUGGCCGGUAUGCUGAACGCUCAUAACGCCGAAGAGCAGCAAACGCAGAAAGACAAGCAAAAAACGGCCGCCAAGAUACAACCGGAUGAUCCGAUUGCAUUUACCCAGUUGUCAAACGGCAAGAAUGACCAGUUGGGCGAAAACGUUUUUGAGUCGAGUUUGAAUCAGGCUCUUGCCGGAACGAAGAGUACCACUCUGUCCGAUGUGGCCUCGCCCAACAACAAGCUGAACAAGGUCACUCAGCUGACGGGAUUCUCCGAUCCGGUGUACGCCGAAGCCUAUGUCCACGUAAACCAGUACGACAUUGUGCUGGAUGUGCUGAUUGUGAAUCAGACGAACGAUACGCUGCAAAAUUGUACCCUGGAACUGGCCACGGUUGGCGAUUUGAAGUUGGUGGAACGACCACAUCCGGUUGUACUGGCGCCGCAUGAUUUCUGCAACAUCAAAGCCAACGUUAAGGUGUCGUCUACGGAGAAUGGAAUCAUUUUUGGAAAUAUCGUGUACGACACCACCGGAUCAUCCAACGUUGUAGUGUUGAACACCAUUCACAUUGACAUCAUGGACUACAUCCUGCCCGCCAGCUGUACUGACACCGAGUUCCGCUCCAUGUGGGUCGAAUUCGAGUGGGAAAACAAAGUAUCGGUGAACACCACCCUAACCGAUCUGCACGAGUAUCUAAAAAUGCUACUCAAAUCGACCAACAUGAAGUGUCUCACGCCGGAGAAGGCCCUUUCGGGACAGUGCGGCUUCAUGGCUGCCAAUAUGUAUGCCAGAUCGAUCUUCGGAGAAGAUGCUUUGGCCAAUUUGAGCAUAGAGAAGCCACUGGAUCGCCCAGAUGCACCUGUAACUGGACACAUUAGGAUACGUGCUAAGAGUCAGGGCAUGGCUCUCAGUUUGGGCGACAAAAUCAACCAUACCCAAAAGUGUCUGCAGGAGAAACCAGUUGCGGCUUAGAAUUUGUUUUCUUCUGAACUAUUUUAUCUCUCGUUCGGAGCUCGUUGCUAUUUUCUUGGUUUUCCGAGUUUCAACGACCGAUCGUACUUUUGAGGGACAGCGCGAACGGAACAUAGUGUGUAGAAAUUCAUUCCUAUACAAUAUGCUUAGUAUUAGAACAAAAAUCAACCUUCGGAUAACGUGCAAAGUGACUAUAUUACGCAAAAGGUAACUUUUCAGCAAAAAAUAAUACAAAUACACACAGAAGCAUAGCGGAGCAGAUUUACAAAUUCAGCAGUCUGGUAAUUAGAAACUCAUGCAUGAAGUUAUUGUUUACGCAAACUAUUGACUAUUAAUAUAUAUUCCCAAAUAUGCGAAAA